UGCAGUGACGGGUGAGAGUUGGAAGUUGAGAGGUCGUAGUAUGAGGUGAAAAGGUAGCUUGCUGGUGCUGCGACAGCUGCAAAGCUUGCAUCCAUCUCGCGCUGUUAACUUUCAUAAAUGCAAGUUUUAUAACCAAUAAUAAUAGUUUUGCUUCUACUUAGCAUGCGUUUACUACAACCAGGUGCCAGAAAAAAAUAGUUUUCGCAUCAGCAACUGGUUGUAUGCUUGCUAACGCUAGCUAUCUAGCUGGCUAGUAUGUCGCAACCAAGUUGUUGACAUUUCUUCUGGCCGCACCCGACUGGUGCUCAUUUGUAGCGAAUUUGGUGUGAAGAACAUUCAGGUAUGGCGGUGUCUGUGCGUGGGCUGUACUUUGUGGUGACCCUGUUUCUGGGAAGUUUCUUUGGCAGCAUCUUCAUGCUGGGCCCUGUGCUACCUCUAAUGCUGCUGUCACCCUCCUGGUACCGCUGGAUCACAGACCGUAUCGUGGCCACCUGGCUCACCCUGCCCGUGGCCCUGCUGGAGCUGGUGUUUGGGGUGAAGGUGGUGAUCACGGGUGAUGGCUUCAUCCCAGGGGAGCGCAGUGUGAUCAUCAUGAACCACCGGACACGUCUGGACUGGAUGUUCCUGUGGUGUUGCCUGCUGAGGUACAGCUACCUGCGACUGGAGAAAAUCUGCCUCAAGGCCGCCCUCAAAGGUGUGCCAGGCUUCGGCUGGGCCAUGCAGGUGGCCUGCUUCAUCUUCAUCAAGCGUCGGUGGGAGGAGGACCGCAGCCACAUGGAGAACAUGCUAGAGUACUUCUGUGACAUCAGAGAGCCCCUGCAGCUCCUCCUCUUCCCUGAGGGCACUGACCUCACCGACUACACUAGAGCAAGAAGUGAUGACUUUGCGGAAAAGAACGGCCUGCCUAAGUUUGAGUAUGUGCUGCACCCCCGCACCACUGGAUUCACCUUCAUCGUGGACACUCUCCGCAAAGGAGACAACCUGGAUGCCGUCCAUGACAUCACCGUGGCCUACCCCAAGAACAUCCCUCAGACGGAGCGCCACCUGAUCCUAGGGCAGUUCCCCCGGGAGAUCCACUUCCAUGUGCGCCGCUACGAGGCCUCCGCCCUGCCCACAUCCCCUUCCGCCCUGCAGGCCUGGACUCAGGAGCGCUGGGCAGAGAAGGAGGUCCGCCUGAGGGACUUCUAUGCCGCUGAGCCCCGGGGCUUCGACAGGGAGGGCAUGUGCCGCGUGCCACCUUGUAAGACGGAGCUCCGCGUGGCUCUGAUCAAGGCAGCAUCUCUGUUCUACUGGAGCUCUUUCAUAGCCUUGUCCUUCGCAGGCCUCUGGCUCUGGGCCCCGCUCCGUCUGUACUUCUUAGUGAUGAUGGGCGUCUACUUCGGCCAGCAGAAGCUGAUAGGAGGGCUAGAACUACUGGAGCUGGCCUGUCAUCGCUACUGGAAGUCUGUGACUGGGGACGAGAAGGAAAAGGUGGUGGACGGGAAGAAGGAGUGAGGAGGAAGGGACGGCAGGAGGCUAACGUUUCUGCAGUGUUCAGUGGGGAUGCUAGGCCUGAGUCCACAGUUGGGCUCGGUGCAUAUGCUGGAGGGUCAUGGGCAAUCUCCCUCGCUUCACAGGGAGUGAAGGGUGAACCGGCAGGCAAUGUGCAUGGCUUCUUGGGUGAGCUAACCUCACGGCUGAGGUUGCAGAAAAAAAACACAGGAAAGAAUGAAUGUUGUUCUUCUUGCUGGCUUGCUGGGGUCAUAGUAGCUCAUCACAGCCAUUAUGCUGGAAAGCCUUCAUGUGUCCAACUGUCUUGCACCUUUGCUGUCUACAAUUAAGAGGACUAUCAUUGGUCAUCCUUUUUGUUCUUAUGUUUAUAUUUCGUAUCGUUCUAGAACCAGUGUCCAUACCUGUGUAUGAGCUUCACAAUAAUAUACAGAAUAUUAUCUCUUAGCCAUGUGUUUUUAAAUUGAUUUUAUUAUUGUUUUGCGUAUUUCCUUGGUUAUGUAUUUAUUUAUUUUAAGUGAUGGAACAGAGCCAUAUACACAGCACUCAUACAUUAGAUUAGUGUAUGCUGUGAUUAUUUUAGUCCAUAUUUUAACUGUUAUUGUUCUGUGUUUAGCCAAUGUAGAUUAUCCAUUAGUCUAGCCAAAUGAAUCACUGUUUUCCGCAAGCAAUCAUUAGCCAACAAAAAAAUGAUUACCGGUAGAAAUGAAUGUUAUCUGUCCAAGCGAUGAGUCAGUUAUACACUUAGUGUAGAAUUGUUUACUGGCGUUGAAUCUGAACACUCUUAAGACAUUAAGGUCACUGUCAUGCCAUUUACAUUAAAGGUGCAAUAUGCAGAAAUUGCUUUGCCAUUCCCUGGUUGCUAAAAUUCGAAUAGUUUGCCAAAUUUCAGUUUGUGACAAAGCAAUGUAUAGUGUAGCAUAUCAUUGUACCAUCAGUGAAAUAUAUUUUCAAUAACCAAAAAUAUUGUAUUUUCAGCUGUUUUGAAGCUGGUGUACAAAACCGAAAGUAAAAGAUGCAAAAACUAAAUUUAACGGGAAGCAUAGAAAUAGUGCAUAUAGAACAGAUCUACUGCUUCUUAGACUUGCUUUCAAUGCUAAAGACGGAUCUAUAACUCACAUUUCUAUGUGAAUUUGGUCAGGUUGCCCAAAAAGUUAUAUAUUGCAGCUUUAAGCCUUUAUAAGUUAAGCUGUUUUCAUCGUUUAACUCUUGAUAAACCUGAUGAUUUUUGUAUGCAUGCUGGGAAAAAAUGAUUUUGCAGGAGGAAAUCCAAAUGCAAGAAUUGGCCAUGUGAUAUAAAAAGGAACCAAACAGAAUGUAGUAAUCUGCCAAAACUGGGCAGGGCAUUUUCACCACAAGUUGCUGAUAAAGGUGCUGUGGACUGCAGCAAGACUAUCGUGCACCCUGGAUGGAAUGGGUGACGAUUUGAGAUCUGUGACUGAGCACAUACAAAAUCAGCUUAGUUUUCUGCUCUUUUUCGGAAGCAAACCGAAAGAGGGUCAGAGAAUGUCAUUGGGCAACACCACUCUACAGAGGACCAGACUUGGAGUGGAAAACUGGUCUUGAAGUCACCCUAAUCUUUAAAAAAACUCAUGCCCACCUCUCUCUCUCCCUGGGGAACUGGCAUUGAUGUUCUCGGUGUGCUGCUAAACUCAAUUUAGCAAAUGACAACUGAGAAGGCAAUGAGAGCAUCAGAUUGGGCAAUGCUCUGUCCACUAGUACCUAGCCACUGCUCUCAAUGCCACCUCCAACCUUGCCAUAUAUAGAGUUGAAUGGUUUCUCGCACAAUCCAGAACCGUUUUUAUCAAUGACACUGUGCACUGUUUGAUCACCGACCACCUCAAUGCUGCAGGUCAAAUGAUCAUUUUUGUAAGAGUAGUCUCCUAUGUACCAUGUCAUAGAUGGUUGUCUGUUCUUGUUUCUUGAAAUACGAGGCCCUGUUUAAGUGUAGGGGCUGGUUACUGUGAUUAGGCUGUGUUAACAAUUCUCAUCAGCAUGUCAAUGGUUUACCAAAUUACUAAUCAUCUCUAUUACUAGAAUCUUUGAACCAGCUAGAAUUUCCACAAUUCUCCCAUCUUUCUCAUCUGUUAUCUUUGUUUCCCUAUUUCUAGCUUUCUUGGUUGCUCAAAAUUCUCUUUUUGUUGUGUUUUCUGUUUUUGUUCUUGUCCAUAAUAGACUCAACUGCUGAUGCUGGACUCUUUUACAAUCACUAUCCUCAGGUAAAUCUUUACUGGCCACUGUUAUCAGUUAUCACGCUGUUCAAUAAAUAUAUCAUUUCAACCCAUGCAGA